CUGUGUUCAACCUCCCUCCCUCCGUCUCCAACACCCCUCAGGCCCGCACCACACUGUCAUCUCCCGUUGCUGUGUAAAUGUCUACAGUACAUGCUUGUCUGAAUGACAUUAACCACGUUUCCUGUUUCGUAAGUGGAUCAAAAAGACAAGUUAGUGAUUCAACAAAGCCGUGUUGAGAACUGCGAUGUGAUGCCGGCUGAAUAUGCGGUUGUGACGUUUUAAAAAAUAUCCUCGUCACUUUCCUAAUUCCUGCAGAUAUGAGGACAUUCGUUGUUUUCAUAUUUAAAGACUUUGCUCUCCUGUAAAAGACUCUGUGACCCAAGGAAAUACUGUUUGUGAGUGCUGUCAAUACUGAGACGGUGUAACUUAAGGACGCUCGUUGUCCUCCAUGCACGAUGACUCUGCCACGUCUACUGUCGGUACUCGUUAUUGUGAUUGGUCCUAACUAUGUCGGCCCCCAGCCACCGCCGCCUCCCCCUGUUAAGUGCCCAGACGGAUGGUCUUAUUGGAACAACCACUGCUACUAUUUAUCAACUCAGUACACAGACUGGGACUCUGCCCAAGGAUGGUGUAAGGAAAACUUUGGCAGUCAACUCGUCUCCAUAACCAAUAAAGACGAGAACAUCUUUAUUAGUGGGAUGCUGAGUUCCCAGAACAUCUGGAUCGGUCUCCAUGACGAUAACAACGGUCACAACUGGCACUGGGCAGACGGCACUCAACUGUCCUACUCCAACUGGCUCAAUGGGGAACCUAACAAUGCUAAUGGCAACGAGCACUGUGGAGAGCUGCGGACAGAAGACAUGUGGUACGGGCACUGGAAUGAUAUUUCGUGUUCCUCGCAGGACCCCUUCGUCUGUAAGAUGACAGUCAAAACUUGUCCGGAGUCCUUCACAUACCACGAAGGGAAGUGUUACUAUGCCAGCAACUUUGAUGCUACAUGGGAUGCUGCGAGGUACAAGUGCAAGCAGUUUAAUUCUGAGGCGGAACUCGUCAGUAUCCACUCUGAUGAUGAGAAUUCUUUCUUUCACGGCAAACUGACCCACAGCAGUCCCGGAACCUGGCUGGGUCUUACCUACAACUCGAGCAGCCAAGUGUGGUCGUGGUCUGAUGGUGCUGACGGCAACUACACCAACUGGAAUGAUGGAGAGCCCAAUGACAUGGAGAGUGAAUGGUGUGCAGAGAUCAUCGAUUACUCAGGGAAGUGGAACAACCUUCCCUGUACCCAAUCAAGAUCCUUUGGUUGCGAGUUCCUUCCAACACACACAGUGGGGUGCGAAGAUGGGUGGGAGGCCUUCGACAAGUACUGUUACAAACACUCCAACGCUGACCACUCGUACGAGAUGGACACCUACGAUAACACCCGGGCUAAGUGUCAGGGUCUGGGCGGGGAUCUCGUCUCUAUACAUACUCCUGAAGAGAAUGACUUUGUCUUUUCCUUGUUGAGUAUUGAGAGGUUCUAUACUAGCACCUGGAUCGGCAUGACAGAUAACGGUCACCCGGGUGAUUUAACGUGGUCUGAUGGCACCUCCGUUACCUUCACCAACUGGGGUGUGGUCUACAGUUACCCAUUUACCCACAUUCCUACCUGUGCUCAGUACGCCUAUACUGAAACACAAGCUCUCUGGAGUAUGAAUAAGUGUGAGGAAGUCUCUUACUACAUCUGUAAGAAGCCUCAAGAAGCCCGGCCCAUCAACCCGCCUCAGGACAACUGCACAGAGUGUUUGUCUCGUAGAAAACGUUACUUUUACAAGCUGAGGAAACCAUGGAUAAACCAAGACCAGUUUGCUUCACACAAUAAGGACGAAUCUCGUUUCUCUUCACCUUUCUAUUCACAUUUCUCCAGUUUUGACGAUAAACAUCACCCAUUGUUCCGUAACAGUGGCUUCUUGUCCCACAGAUUCCGUAAGCCCCCAUUUAUACCUGUAAGACCUGCUGGGGAUAAAACUACUCGAUAUUUCUCAUUGACACGAUCACCCAGCCCAGUGACACCAUCCCCAUUUCUUGCUGCGACACAACAAGCAAAGAACAAAGCUACUGACACCAUGACCGGAGACACUGACACCGUCUCUAAUGGAAGUCUGGGAAGUACACCCAUACACACUAAUAGAGGAAAUAUAACCAAUAUAGCCAUAGACACUGUGACAUUAUCGGUGCCUCGGGACAUGAACUGUGAACUGGGUGACGAAGCCUAUAAGGGUUCCUGCUACAACUUCCCAGGAUUCCCACUGUCAUGGAAUGAAGCCGAGGCUAACUGUGAGGCACAGAACUCUCACCUCUUAGUCCUCAAUGACAGAUUUGAAUCGGCUUACAUAUCAGCUUUCUUGGGGAAUAUGGGCACAAGAAUUUGGAUUGGACUAUCUGGCACCAUAGAUGCUGGUGGGUCUGUCACCUUCUCCUGGGUCAACCAUGAUGCUAUUGACUUCACUAAUUGGAAUGAGUUUGAACCAGAUCCAACCCAUGGCACUUGUGUAGCAGCUUCAGGAAUGAUAACUAACCCCGGUCUGUGGACUGUGAGGGACUGUGAUGACCACUUCCAGUUCAUCUGUGAAUAUGACCGAGAAGGAUACACCACACCCACUAUGCCAUCAACCAAGCCUCCCAUUGUCUACUGCGCUGAAGGUUGGACCCAUCAGGGAGGCCGCUGCUAUCAGGUGUUCCAAGAGCCAUUAUCCUGGGGUGGAGGUGAACAAUUUUGUGCAUCUUUUGGUGCUCAUCUGGCGAGUGUUGGCAGUGCUGUCGAGCAGGAACUCAUAAAGGAACUUCCAGGGAUGCAUUAUGUCAGCGACUACUACAACUCUGUCUGGGUUGGUCUAAAACUCGGCUCUGAAUCAGGCUACGAGUGGACAGAUGGGACGCCUUUUGAUUAUGUAGACUGGGCAGAGGGACAGCCAGACAGCCAAUAUUACAGGGAGAACUGUGCUUCAGCUAACAUGGACACCUUCAAACUCUCCGACUGUGUGUGUGAUGCCCAUCUGCCCUAUGUGUGUGAGGCUGAAGAGGGAUCAAUGAUAACAACAAUAGCGCCCCCAACCGUGACUCCAGAUGUAAUGUGUGAUGACUCUACUUGGUAUCUGUAUGACAACCACUGCUACAAGUUCAUUUCUGCCUCUGAUGAAGAGCCCCAGACCUGGUGGGAGUCCCAUAGACGCUGUCGAGACGAAGGAGCUGACCUGGCAUCCAUACACUCCUUUGAGGAAAAUUACUGGAUUGAGUCAAAGAUAUUUGAACUUUCUGAUAACAUUCUGUGGGUUGGAGGACGAGCAAACGUAGACUCAGGGUAUGAUUGGGUCGACGGCUCUCCAUUCGAUUUCGACAACUGGGCCAAAGGGGAACCUAACAACUUUAUGGACCAAGAGGAUUGCAUCGCCCUUUACACUCACCAACAAGGCUACUGGAACGACCAGAACUGUGCCAACAAGGAGGGUCGAGUGUGUAAGCGCCUGCACGGUAAAACGCUCCCCCCUGUGCACACCACUAAGGUCCCUGACGGUCACUGUCCCCAGGGAUGGUUCCAUACUGGUAUCAAAUGCUUGCAGCUCUUCACUGAGAAGAAGAACUUCAGUCAUGCCCGGGCAUCUUGUAAACAGCUUGGUACUGAUGUUGACCUGGCCAGCAUCCACUCGCCAGCUGAACAAGCCUACCUGACAGCUAUCCUAGGUACAAUGGAGGUCAACGUCUGGUUGGGGUUGAGGUAUAGCCAAACUUUUCAGUGGGUCGACCAGUCAACUUUGACCUACACCAACUGGGCCUCAGGUGAACCCAACGGAGCAUUACAUGGGACCACUUUCCUACGGAUCCUGAUGCAAGAGAACGGUGAAGACUGCGUGGAGAUGAUGACCCAAAACCAAGCCGGACUUUGGAACGAUGUGAAUUGUUCUUCCAAGAAUGGAUAUGUGUGUCAGAGACCACAGGACUCGGACAUUGUGACACAGUCCCCACCUCCUGCCUGUGAGCCGCCAUAUGAUCACUACAUCAGAUACAACAGUGCGUGUUACAGGCCGGACAGUAACUCCAAGACAUGGCAGGAAGCAGAGACAUUAUGUGCUGGAGAGGGGGCUCACUUAGUAUCUGCUCUUGACAUGGGUGAGAGUGCCAUGCUGUGGGUGCUGUUACAGGAGAGUGGCUUCACAGAUGCUUGGAUAGGACUGAAUAACCUGCAGGAUGUGCAUAUAUUUAAAUGGUCUGAUGACUGGCCAACAACAUAUACCAACUGGGAUAUAGGUCAACCUAAUGUUAGUUUCAGUAACCAUAACUGCACCAGAGUCAGCUCUACCAAUGGCAACUGGUUCACGGCGUCGUGUAAUGAGUCCAGCCCAUUCAUCUGUAAAUUUAAAAAUGGAACAGUGCCAACACCUGACCCACCAAUUACCGGAAAAUGCCCUGACAGUCGAUGGCUUGACCUUGGGGGUAGCUAUUGUUACCUCAUCUCUGACCAAAAGAAGCCCUGGAAUGAUGCUAGUAUGAACUGUGUUCAAGAGAGUGCCAACUUGGUAUCAAUUCACUCAGAGGCAGAAAUGGAGCUCAUCAACAUGGCCAUUAACAGUAUCAGAGAUACACUGUGGAUUGGUCUUGUGCAAAAAAAAAGUGGUUAUGGAUGGAGUGAUCAUUCUGCCUUCAAUUUUGUCAACUGGUGUGAUGGGGAGCCUAACAGUAAUGACGAAGACUGUACAGAGAUGUAUGCCAACAGUGGGCAAUGGAAUGAUGCUGACUGCUCUAAUGCUCGAAACUUCAUGUGCAAAACUUUAAAAAUUCACCAAUCGGCCUCCACCAACCCUCCUCCCAUUACUAUGCCUGCGACUACUCACCAUCCUUCAGGGUGGAAGUCUAGCUCUCUGAGUGCUGGAGGCAUCAUUGGCAUCAUCAUAGCCACACUGUUGGUGACCUCUGUUAUUGGAUACGUUGGUUAUAGUCAUGUUCAGAAGAAACCCGAGCCUAUGAGAAAUGGUGGCACUUAUAGCUUUGACAAUGCUCUCUAUUCCGCAAAAGAUGACAAUAGCAAGGUAGAGGUGAAGAGAGCACAGGAUACAAGCCUUGACUUCGAAGCUGACUGUGGUGAUACAGAUGCUUAAAUGCCACACAGUACAACACAACCGUAAUGUUUGGAAAAUGACCUGUGUAAACACGAUCAAGAAAGUAUCUCUGCACAUUGGGUCCGAUGAUUCCCUAAAUGAUCAAUACAGUAUAACCUCCAUAUAACGGACUUCUCUUUCCGUAUAAGCCGUGAGAUGAGGGUUUCACUUCUAACAGACUUUUGAUAUAACGGACUUUCAUCUCUAAACAGUAUAAUUCAUUAGAUGGAGGUUUCACAUCUAAUGGACCCUCGAUAUAACAGACUUUCCUCUCUACAUAGUCCGUUAAAUAGAGGUUUCACUGUACACGUAUGCCACACUGUAACCACCAACAUGAGCCACGCUACAUAAUGUAACCACCAACAUGAGCCACGCUACACACUGUAACCACCAACAUGAGCCACGCUACACACUGUAACCACCAACAUGAGCCAUGCUACACAAUAUUGGCAAGAUUAAUCUAUUUUCUUCUCAAUGUGCAUAAAAUAUCAAUACUUACUACGGAUAAAACAGGAAAUAUUGCUAACAAGUGAUACUGCAUAUGGUAUUUUGUAAUAUCCAUCGUCUGUGGUGUAAGAUUGUUUCACACAAAUGUAGACAUACUUUUUUUUAUCAUGUGUGCAUGAUAAAAAAGGCGGCACGAACAUUUCAACAGUUGAAGCAAAUAUAUUGUUUAAAAAAAAUAGUUCAAUACUUAAAACAGUGAACCAGUGACAGAUUUAGUGGGAGUUUCAUGUAUUUCUCAGCAGAAAUUACUAAAAAAUUACAGCUGGGUCACCUUUUGGUAGUGAUCAUGUUCUUGAAUGUAAACCAUGUAUCAUCAAAGAACAAACUAGGGGUAAUGGAGGAAAUAGGGUUGUGAACUUAACCAUUAAAAUUCGCCUCCCUAUUUUGCCAAAUUGUGUAUUUAAUUGACGUGUUCGUGCAGUGUUUUUCUCCAGUUUACUUUCUUGUGAAAGUUUAUGCAGAACAUUAAAUAAAGGUUAUUUUACUGAAAAAA